AACGACGGAAGAAGGACGGCUGGGGAGUCGCAGCCCGGGAUUGUAAAUAAGACCGUAUAAACUGUGUUUUAUUUACAAAAGUAAUGCCGGCUGUUUUAGAAUACCGUUCCCAGUUGUUUUAAGUCGUUUUUCGUAAUUUUUGGCUCUAUUUCUCGCCUAUUUCCGUGUGGUUUUACACUACGCGUAUAAUGGCGAGCUCGGCAAACUCGAACCCAGUGCCUAAACUUUAUAGGUCUGUGAUAGAGGAUGUGAUCAGCGAGGUGCGAGAGCUGUUCCUGGACGAAGGAGUGGAUGAGCAAGUGCUUUUGGAACUGAAAACGCUAUGGGAAAACAAACUGUUGCAGUCGAAGGCAGUGGAGGGCUUCCAUACAGAAGAACAGGCAGCCCUGCAGGCCGCUCAGCAGCAGCAGCAGCAGCAGCAGCAGCAACAACAACAACAACAACAGCAGCAGCAGCAACAACAACAACAGCAGCAGCAGCACGUUCAGCAGAUCCAACAGGUCCAGCAGGUCGCCCAGCCAGCACAGACCCAGCAAGUCCUCAUGCCUCCUCAGCAGCAGCAAGCUCCCCAGCAGCAAGUCAUUGUUCAGGAUUCAAAGAUUCUACAGCACAUGAGUGCAACAGGGAUGAGUGCAGCAGCUACUGCAGCAACCCUCGCUCUGCCCACAGGGGUCACCCCAUACCAACAGCUCAUCACCAGCCAAGGUCAGAUUCUGCAGGUGGUGCGUGCUCCCAAUGGGGCUCAGUACAUCAUCCAGCAGCCUCAGCAGCAGAUCCUCCUGCAGCAGCAGAUGCAGCCUGGCGGCGUACAGGCUCCGGUCAUACAGCAGGUACGCCCCAUUACACAGGUUCUGACUCCUCUGCAGGGAGGCCUGCCACAGCAAACAGGAGUCAUCAUCCAGCCGCAGCAGAUUGUGUUAGCUUCAGGAAAACAAGUCCAAAGCAAUGCACAGGUGAUGCAGGCAGCAGGUAUGGCGCAGCAGCCUGGUCAGGCAGCUUUAGUGCAGCAGCUUCAGCAGGCCCAGGGUGCAGCUGCACCACAGGCCCAAGCUCUGCCCCAGGCCCAGCAGCAAGCUCAGGCUCAACAGCAGCCGCAGACCCAGCAGCCUCCCAUGAUGCUGCAGGUGGACGGUGCCGGAGACACCUCCUCGGAAGAGGACGAGGAUGAGGAAGAGGAGUACGACGAAGAUGACGAGGAGGAGAAGGACAAGGACGGGGGCGAGGACGGGCAGGUUGAAGAGGAGCCACUGAACAGCGGGGAUGAUGUCAGUGAUGAGGAGGACCAGGAGCUGUUUGAUACAGAGAAUGUAGUGGUGUGCCAGUAUGACAAGAUUCACAGAAGUAAGAACAAAUGGAAAUUCCACCUGAAGGACGGGAUUAUGAAUCUAAACGGGAGAGACUAUGUCUUCUCCAAAGCCAUUGGUGAUGCUGAAUGGUGAAGAA